UAUUUUGCGUCGUUUUGUUUGCUGCACAGCACUUUCGGGUUUUUGUUUUCUUCGUUGUUUUUAAGUCCUUGUCAAAUGUAACACUGCACUCAACUUUGGCCAUUUCUAAUCGCUAUCAAAUUUAGAAUUUAUUAAAUAUUUCUGCCCGCUGCACACCCGCAACAACUAAACGAAUUUCUCAAGGAUUUCUAGGACUGCACAACGAAGGCAAACAGAGACAACAACAAAAUGUCCGUCGCAGGCUUAAGACAGAGCCUAUUGCUCUGGAGCGUUGACUACUGGAAUCUGGAAGCUGUAAUGGCGGACAAUGUGUUCAAGUCGCACGAUAUUGGGUUACGCGCUCAAAAGAAAAUACUCUCACGCAUGGCAACGAAAAAUAUUGCGAAAACCUUUAUUGACGGCACAACGGCCUCGCUGCUGGAUAAUCUCUACAAGCUCUGCAAGCUGCAUACGGGCAACAAGGCGCGCGCCGAGAAACUGAUUAAAAAUAUUAUCAAAAUUGUUAUUAAAAUUGGCGUUCUGCAUCGCAAUAAUCAGUUUAGCUCGGAGGAAUUGCAAAAUGCGGAGAAUUUUAAGCGCAAAUUUCAGAACACACAACUGUCCAUCAUAUCGUUCUACGAGGUGGACUUCACCUUCGAUCUGGCAUAUCUGCAAAAGUCCAUACAGGAAUCGCGUGUGGCACUCAAGUCGAUUGUGCAGCCGCAUUUAACGGACAAGUCCAUUGGCCGCAUCGACGAGGUGUUUGAUUUCUUUGGCGAUGCGGCCCUGCUGGAGCUGGCAUUCAAACCGGACUCGCCAUAUCGCGAGGUGAUGGGCAAAAUUGUGGCCGACAUCAACUCGGCCAUGGAAACGGGUGACAUAUGAGCGGCAGUCAUGCUGCAAGCUAUUGAAAAAGGGGCUAUUAUCAAACCAAAAACAAACCAACAACAACAACAAUAACAACUACAACAACAUGAGAUACUAACAACUAGUUAAAAGGCCUACAAAGUCCACCAAAUAGAAAGUAACGUAGCGCGGCAUAAAAGACAA